AUGCUCCAUGACACUGGCGCUGCGGAGGCCCCCGCGCGGCCCCAGGAGUCCAUCGGCGCGGACUACGGAGAGGGGUUCGUCGAGUUCCGCCCCUCGGGCGACUUCCAGCUCGACGUCGAGGAGCUCAACCGCCGCCUGCGCGUCAUGGGCGCCGAGCGCCUGCGGCACUCGAUGCACCCCCACGAGGCCUACGGCGUGAUCGUCGACUGGGAGGACGUCAUCGUCGACCGGCGCACCAUCCAGCGCGCCACGUGGGCCCGCCUCGCCGACAGCCUCGGGAAGAAGCUCCCCGCCAUCGAGCGCCCCAUUUACGACAUCCCGGUCGAGCGCGCUCUCACUGAUGUGCUCAUGUGGACCAAGGACUGGGCCGAGGCGCGCUCGUGGGCGUUCGAGUUCGCGCACCUCUACAGCGAGGCGCUCCUCGCCGCGGCCGAGCCGCGCCCGGGCGUCGUGGAGUGGCUGCGGAACCUAGCGAAGAACAACGUCGGCGUGGCGGUGGUCUCGCAGCUGGACCGGCACACGCUCGUCGGGUGCCUGAACCGCAUGGGGCUCGAGGAGAUGGUGCGGAGCGUCGUCGCGGAGGAGGACGGCGCGGACACGUGGGCGCACCGGUACCUGGCUGCGUCGGUGAAGCUGUCGCGCCCGCCGUCGGGCUGCGUGGUGUUCAGCGGGGACCCGCUGGGGAUCGCCGCGGCGCACAACUGCACGAUGAAGGCCGUCGGCGUCGCGGGCGGGCACGCGCACCGGCAGGACCUGCUGCAGGCCGACGUGACGACCACGGACCUCUCGACGCUGACCGUCUUCAACUUGCGGCGGCUCUUCUCGGAGCAGGGCAGCGAGUUCAUGGACCCCAAGGUCGAGUUCAGCGAAGACAAGCCCGUCGCGAAGUCCGCGAUCGGCACCCUGGACGUCUGA